GGUUGUGUGUGUGAUGCUAACAUUGAUCAAAACAGAAGAAAUUUAUGCCUGUUUGGUUAAGUUUCUGGGUAAGCCAGGUCCUAUGUUUGCUAAAUUUCUGGGUAAGCUAGGUCCUAUUUGUUUCCUGGUCAGUGCAGCCGGUGGGGACUCCACUGUCCACGCGUCGCAAUUUGAACAAUGUAGAGAAUGUUGGGUCCUUUGAGCCCCUCCAUGGGAGGGGUAUCGGGGGUGGAGGUCCUACCCCCUAAUCUACUGCAUCUGUGGUUCGGGACAGUUUAGUUUACAGACGCACAAUUGAACAUGCAGCAUCUGUCCCAGACACUUCCGAUAUAGCUUUCUAAACGUUCUGUUACAAUUCAAGCUGUUCUAAUAGAGCUAGGGUAACAUUACUUUAUCUCUGUGUUGCUGUACAAGUGGUUGUAAUGAAGUUACCGUAACAUUAGCAUGUCUCUUUGCUGCUGUACCAGUGUUUGUAAUGGAGCUAGGCUAACAUUAACAUAUGUUACUGCACUAGCUUUUCUCAUGGAGGGCAUUCUUCUGAUGCUAAUGCUAGGCGGUUCAUUUGCAUAAGCUCCAGAGGCUAGCAUGUAGCUUGUGUAGGGUUAGCCUUGGUGGCAACAGAACAAUGCAUAGGUUUGAUGUGAGCACUGAAAGCUAAAAGGUCUGUGGUUGGGGUGUAUGGGGGUGUGUCAGUCCUUAUAUAAGACUCUGAGCGUCUCUGUUUUGAGUACAAACUGUUCAGCACAAUCCCUGACUGCGUGGCAGACUGAGUGUGUCGGUUCCCCUGCAGCCAUGGCUCACACAGCUCUAUCAGACGAGGCAGGAAAAUCUUCGUUGGCCAACAAGAACGGGAAGAAGGCGGAUUCAGGAUGCCUCGGAGGCGGACUCUUCUCCUGGUUCAUGGUCAUCGCCCUGCUGGGAGUCUGGACCUCAGUGGCCGUGGUCUACUUUGAACCUGGUGGACUACAAGGGUGUGAUGGGCCUGGACAGCCUGCAUGUCUUAUUGGUGUACUCCAGUGUUCUCAUCUGUCUCUCUCUCUCUCUCUCUCUCUCUCUGACUUGCAUGCAGACAAAGCCAAAGACAUUCAAAUUAACCUAUCCGAGAGUUUGCAAGGUAAACUGUCGGCCUACGACGCGGACGGAGACGGUGAUUUCGACGUGGAGGACGCCAAAGUGUUGCUCGGCCUGAAGGAGAGUGCCGUCGCCCCGGCAACGAAGAUGGAGGCUGCCGCUCCGGUGGAGCAGCCCGCUGUGGACGCCCCCGCUCCGUCAGACCAAGCUGUGAUUGAGCCGGACCCCGUGGAGGUGGAGGAGGAGAUCCAGGCGGAGGCUGCAGAGGAGGUGCUCGCCCCCCCACCAGUGCCUGAGCAGGAAGCGGAAGAGGAACCUCAGCAGGAAGUGGAGGCCCCAGAACAGGAAGUGGAGGCCCCAGCCCAGGAAGUGGAAGAUGAGCCUGAGGUGUUCGAGGAAGACCCAGAGGUGCUGGAGGAGGAGGUUCCCACAGAGGAGGAGGAGGAAGCUGCUGCCAUUGAGGAGGAGGUCCAAGAGGAGGAGGAAGCUGCUGCCAUAGAUGAGGCCCCUGAAGAGGCUGCUCCCAUAGAGGAGGCCCCUGAGGAGGAAGCUGCUCCCAUAGAGGAGGCCCCUGAGGAGGAAGCUGCUCCCAUAGAGGAGGCCCCUGAGGAGGAAGCUGCUCCAGUAGAGGAGGAGUAUGAGGAGGAGGCCCCAGCAGAAGAGGAGGUGGCCCCUGAGGUUGAGGAGGAGGUGGAGGAGCCUGCUGCUGAAGACAUCAUGGAACAGACCCUGCCAGUUGUAGAGGAGGAGGUGCUGGCUUCACACGUAGAGGAGGUGGUGCUGGCUUCACACGUAGAGGAGGUGGUGCUGGCUUCACACGUAGAGGAGGUGCUGGCAGCUGAAGUGGAAGAGGUGCAGGCAGCUGAAGUUGAGGAGGUGCAGGUAGCUGAAGUGGAGGAGGAGGAGGUGGCUCCUUCUGACGAUGCUGUCGAGGAAGAAGAAGCCGUAGCCGACCAGCCCGAGGAGGAGGAGGAGGAGGAGGAGGCGGAGGAAGAAGUAGCAGCUGCAGAAGAGGUGAUGCCAGAAGAGGAGGAGCAGGAGCCAGCAGCUGAGGAGCAACUGGAGACCACUGAAGAAGAAGAAACGCCAGAAGAAGCUGAGGAGGCGGUUGAGGAGGUGGCUGCUACGGAAGAACGAUUGAGGAGGAGGUGGCAGAAGAACAGAUUGAGGAGGAGGUGACAGAAGAACAGAUUGAGGAGGAGGUGGCAGAAGAACAGAUUGAGGAGGAGGUGGCAGAAGAACAGAUUGAGGAGGAGGUGGCAGAAGAACAGAUGGAGGAGGAGGUGGCAGAAGAACAGAUUGAGGAGGAGGUGGCAGAAGAUCAGAUUGAGGAGGAGCUGGAAGGAGAAGAUCAGAUGGCGGAGGAAACGGUAGAAGACCUAGAGGAGGAGGAGGUGGCAGGGGAUGAGCCCAGAGAGUUUACAACGGAACAGAGCGAGGCAACACCCACAGAAACGUAAGAGUCGGCUGUCGGCACGGCAACGGAGCAAGGGACCCACUGAAGUUCCGUCGUCAUUCUGUCUGAGCGUGCUCAAAACGACGCUGCUCUCUCCACCUCUGGAAGACGAGAAGCGUGGCCGCGGCAACGUUCGUCACUAACCUCUCUCUUGCUCUCGUUCUCUCUUUCUCUCUUUCUCUCUCUCUCUGUCUCUCUGGCUCUCUUGCUCUCUCUCAUGUCUGUCCUUUGUCAGUUACUUUGACACCUUUGUUUGAUCCCUCUUUAUCUUUUAAUUCCCACAGUCAGAUCUGGAAAACGGGACAUGUUCUGUUUCCUGUCAACUGGUCGGUCUAUUCUAGACCAGUUCAUUCCCGAUCGAUCUUUUCCAGAUCAGAUCAUUCCAGUUCUUUCUAUUCUAGGUCCACCACACUUUCUGUUCUGGAAAUUGAAAGCGGAGUUAGGAGUGUCUCCAGAACUGUUUGAGCCAGAACUAGAGACUGCUCUGGAACUCCAGCUCUAUAGAUCCAGACAUCUUAGCUCCUCCCACAGAGGGCGCUAGAGACUUCCAGAAGUUUCCCAGCCCAGCCUACGUAGCUCUGCUCCUAGCCUAGCACCUCUCUACAGAACUUGCUAGGCCACACCCGGAGGAGCUGGCUCUGUGGGGGGCAGGAGGAGGGCUCUAUGCAACGCUACGGUGCUCUUUACCUCUCUCUCUCUGUCCCUCCUAGCUCGCCCAGUCUCAUAUACCACUCAGUAUCUGUUGAGCCAUACAUGCAUGGGGUUACAGGGAGGUGUGUGUGUGUGUGUGUGUGUGUGUGUGUGUGUGUGUGUGUGUGUGUGUGUGUGUGUGUGUGUGUGUGUGUGUGUGUGUGUGUGUGUGUGUGUGUGUGUGUGUGUGUGUGUGUGCCUCUAGAUGCUGUUUUCUAUUUUGACAACAUAACUAACACUCUGGAUAAAAUUUAAUGUAGAACGUGUUUUUUUUAUACGAUUCAGAUGUAAAUGUCACGUUUUUAGUUUACCUUGUGCUGUGAUUUGAACCACAAUAUACUAAUCAUGCAGCGAAACUCUCCUGCGUGUUAGCUAGCCUAGCUCACCUCACCUAGCCCUUCUUACUUAGCCUAGCUAGCUCUCAGCCUAGCAAAGCCAACGUGUGUUAAACUCUUCUUGGGUGUGAUUAUGUUCUGUCUUAGUUCGGGUCUCCGCCACAUUCUGCUCAUAAGACAAAACGGUGGAUGUUGUUUUGUUUUUUUUGUCAUUUGUUUGAAGCGUGUAUUUCAUGACGUCAGCCCUCUACUUGGUUUUCAGUUUUUUGUUUUCUUAAUUUUUUCAUAAUGUUUGUUAGUUUAAUAAGUUGUAGGAUAUGGGCUCACUUCCUGGAACCAUCCUGGGGUCACAUGUCUACGCUCUGUCCAAACUGGACUGUGAUUGGCCCUUUUUCGAGUCCCAGUGGCUCCGCCUGCGAUGAUGAUGAAGAUUCCAGUAUGGUUUCCGGGGAAGUGAGCUUUGUGUUUUUAGAUUGAUUUUUUGUAAUUUUGUUUGUAACUGUACAGAUGUGCUACUCGUGACAUCACUGUGACAUCAAGCAGAGGUCACCUGACCGCCACAGGUUAGACGGAGUGGAUUCAACCGAGUGUCGACUUCUGGCAUGUUCUGAGCAGGGAGGCAGGGCUUAACACCCAUCAGUUGGUAAUCGCGUGUUGAGUGACCCUCAGCUGUGGACAACUCCAGACCUUCAUAGUAAAAGUCCUGCUGGGUUUUUCUUCACUAGACCUAUGCUUGUUGGACUCCAAAUACCAGAGAACUUUUAUUUUGACAGCCUGCAGCUUUUCACCUGUUGGUUGUUGGUUGUUUCAGGGUGUUUCCACUUAGGUCCUCAUUUCUACUUCCUGUUUGUGAGUCGAUGUGAAGUUUUCUGGUUGUUUUUUAAUAAUGAAAUAGAAUUUUUUUUCAAAGUAUGAAAUAUUCUAGGUUUUCAAAGUGAACAGAACGGUAAAUACAGAUAUACGGAUACAAUUUCUUUGAAUUUCUGGCAGUACAUACUUUUCAAAUCAGAUAUUAUGGAAUGAAACUAUUUUCGGGGUUGGGAGGGUUACAUUUGAUACAAGCAAUACAAAAGAGACCGAGCUAGUUGAGCCCGGCCUAGUUGAGACCAAAUGUCGCUGGUUCACCUGGUUGAAAUGCGUUAAGGAUACCCAACGAUGAAGAAAGUUCCAAUUGCAACUGAAGACAUGUGAUUAUGCUGACCAAUAGGAACCGAGGAUGUGUCCUUUAAUUAUACUGACCAAUAGGAUCUGAGGAGUUAUGGUCUACAAACAGAACACUACGAAUGCUAGGAUGGGGAUUAAAUUAUUAAUAAUUGAUGAUACAAUCGAAGGUUGUAAAGAAGGACUUGUGUCAAAAUUCUGUUCUGGGAGUACAAAAUAAAACGGUUUGGGACAAAUAGCGCCUGACUCCUUUCUUUGUCUUUAUUCUCCAGAGUUUAAUAAAGCCCAGACUCACUUAAAUCGCAAAUUUAACACAUCUUUCUCCCUCAAACGAUGAGCCAUUACGGACUUCACUAAUAUAAUCUGGUCUACCAUCG